UUUAUGAAGAUAAUUAUACACUCUCAUUAAGCAAAACUCAAAACUCAUUCAUGAUGAGUCCUCUGCAACUGAUAAUCUGUAUGUUCAUACUUCUCCCACCAUCACUACUCUCCGCGGCUCUAUAUGCCAAACCGGGAUGCCGGGACCGCUGUGGGGAUUUACUGGUUCCAUAUCCAUUUGGAUUUGGGCCAAAUUGCAGUCUCAACCCAUAUUUUGACAUCAACUGCGAUUCUUCCACAAAUCCUCCAAAAGCUUACCUCUCCAUAUUGAAGAAACAAGUGAUUGAAUUCAAUCAAACUUACAUUCGCCUCAAAAACCCCUACAUGAUUUCAGCUUGCUAUGAUGAGGAUCUGUCAACGGGCAUUCAACAUAGUAUGACUGUGAACUUGUCUGGAACUCCCUAUACUCUUUCGGGUGAAAACGUGCUCACUGUUAUCGGGUGUGAUGAUAUGGUGCUGCAAUCCAACGGAAGUUCCACCCUUGGCGGCUGCUCGGCGUUUUGUGCUGACAAGAAUGAUACCGGCUUCGGAGAUUGCCACUUCAAUGGUUGUUGCCAUCAAGAACUCGACGAAGAAGAAGGAAGUUCAAGAUCUUUGUUGGAAGCAGAACUGAUUGACUUGAGCGGAAGAUCACAACGUAAAAAGCUUUUCCCGUGCAGCUAUGCCUUUAUCCAGGAGACGACAAAUACGAAUGAAACCGUAUUCUCAUAUCCUUUGUACUAUCUGAAUAACUCAACGGCAUUGUUAAAUGAUGAUUGGGCAUCUGCAUCAAGGCCGCCGAUAGUGCGCUUGGACUGGAUCGUUGAGGCUGAGAAUUGCAGCCGAGCUAUGAAUUCCAACACUUACGCAUGUCUAGAUGAAAAGAGUGUUUGUGUUGAUUAUAGUACAUAUUCGUAUAACAAUGAUGUCACAGGAUACACAUGUAGCUGCGUGCAAGGGUACGAGGGAAAUCCUUACUUACGAGGAGGAUGCCAGACAAUUUCCUCUUCAAGUUCAAUUGCCAAACGUGGAUGCAUGGAUCAAUGUGGAAAAGUAUCGAUUCCAUUUCCAUUUGGUGUGGGUCCAAAUUGCUACUUGGAGCCAUCUUUUGAAGUUGUCUGCAACAACGACACCAACCCCGCCACACCCUUCCUCAGUCUUUUGAACACCGAAAUCCUUGAGCUGAACUCAUCAAAAAUUGUCGUCAGUUACAUGAACCUAUCCUCAAAUUGCUACAGUGGGUCAGACUAUCAAGCUGAGCCAAGCUUAAAAAUUGACUUGUUGAAAACGCAAUAUAGAUUAUCAGAUGACAACUGGAUCACCGCCGUUGGCUGCAAUGUUAUGGCUAUCGGGGUUAUUGGAGAAGACAAACGAAGUUCUAUUCGCAGCAGCUGCGCAGCCAUUUGCACCAACAGUAUGAUCAAUGAUAAUGGUAGAACUAGUGCAUCAUGCGAUUAUGGACCAACAUCUUUUGCAGGUGAUGGUUGUUGCAGAGUACCAAUUCCAAGAGGUACAACUUCCCUUGAAUUAAAUAUGACUAAUCUCAAAGAACCAAGGACAAGUGCCAAUAUUUCUUGUAGCUACGCCUUCAUUGCAUAUGCUAAAACAACGAAUGAAAAUGAUCGGGGGUUCUAUUUCAUGCAAUAUUCAAACCCGGUCAACUUUUAUAUUCAGCCGAGCAUGGCAUUGGAUUGGAGGAUCGGAGCGAUGAAUUGCAAAGAAGCACGGCAGAAUCUCGCUAACUUCGUAUGUCGAGAUAAUAGUGAUUGUGUUGAUUUUGAUGCUACGCUUGGAGGGUACCUCUGCAACUGCUCCAAAGGAUACACAGGCAAUCCUUACCUCAAUCCAGGGUGCCAAGAUAUUGAUGAAUGCGCUGAUAAUUCAACUAAUACAUGCGUCUCAAAUUCAAUUUGCCAAAAUGGUCCGGGGAUGUUUCGCUGCUCGUGUCCGAAAGGGUAUAUUGGUGAUGGGAAAAAGGAUGGCACAGGUUGCAUUCCACAGCCUCCAUCCAAAACCAAGUUGAUUAUCUUGACAGGUAUAGGCUCUGGAAUGGGGUUUCUGCUUCUAGUCUCACUGUUCUUUUGGUUGUAUAAAUUGUUGCGAAAGAGAAAGGAAAGAAUGGUAAAAGACAAACUCUUCAAACGAAAUGGUGGCCUUCUCUUGCUACAACAGACCAAUGAAGGUGCACUUGGAAAAACAAAAGUUUUCCCUGCAAAAGAGUUGGAGGUGGCUACGGAUAACUUUAAUGAGGGCAGAAUUAUUGGACAAGGAGGGCAAGGCACUGUGUACAAGGGAAUGUUAUAUGAUGGUAAGAUUGUUGCGAUAAAAAGAUCAAAGUUGGUGGAGGUGAAUCAGUUAGAACAGUUUAUAAAUGAAGUGGUGAUACUAUCGCAAAUCAAUCAUAGGAAUGUGGUCAAACUAUUGGGGUGUUGUUUGGAGACAGAGGUUCCUCUACUUGUUUAUGAAUUCAUGCCAAACGGGACACUUUUUGAUCUUAUUCAUGAUCUAAGUAGUGAAUUUCCAUGUACAUGGAACAUGCGUUUGAAAAUCGCAGCAGACAUAGCUGGUGCAUUAGCGUACUUGCACUCUGCAUCUUCUGUGCCUAUCUAUCACAGGGAUAUCAAGUCUAGUAAUAUCCUUCUAGACGAAAAAUAUGUUGUCAAAGUAUCAGAUUUUGGAACUUCGAGGUCCGUUGCUACAGAUCAGACUCACUUAACUACUCUGGUUAAAGGGACGUUUGGAUAUUUAGAUCCAGAAUAUUUUCGGUCGAGUCACUUCACAGAGAAAAGCGAUGUUUAUAGUUUUGGGGUAGUUCUUGUCGAGCUUCUUACUGGGCAAAGGCCAAUAUCUCUUGAUAAAACAGAAGAGGAGAGAGGCCUAGCGGCACGGUUUCUUGUAUGCAUGGAAGAAGAAUCUAUGGAUACAAUUUUAGAUCCACAAGUUCGGGAGCAAGGAAGAAAGGAAGAGGUGACCCUAGUUGCAAAGAUUGCUCAAAGAUGUUUACACUCGAAAGGGAGAAUGAGACCAACUAUGAAAGAAGUUGCUACUGAAUUGGAAAGUUUUAGGAUGUCUGAAAUAUAUAGUGGUGUUAAUGAUGAAUCAGAAGAUGUGAGAUCUUUUGAUGAUAUGUGUCCACAAUGAUUUCAGGCACUGAGUACACAUGCAAGCUCAGUUAUAAAAAUGCUUCUGCAUCAUUACCUGACACGCAUCCGUUAGUGUUAGUUGAAAGUGUGUCAUAACAUAGACGCAUUUAUAGUUGUCUCGAAUCAAAUGGUCAAGACUUGGUUAUAUGCGAUCUUUGAGAUUGAAGAUUGGAAUAUCAAGUAAUCGCUUUAUAAUUUUUAAAAUUUUUUCUCAUGUUGAUAUUUUAUUUUUGUGGUUUUGAUUCGUGGUUAUUUAGUUUAUUGAAUUUUGUAUUGUGUUGAUUCGAAGUUUACAGUCGAAUGAAGGAAUUGAAAGUUUAUUAUUA